UAUAGACCGUAUCUUAGAACAGUGGAUAAUAAUAACUAAAUCUUACAUGCUUCUUAUCAGAGGACCUAGUCGGGAAUGUGACAAUAAGGUGGGACUUUAUGAAUAUAAGUCGUGAUAGUUACACGGCUAAUGUCACAAUCUUCAACUAUUUGAAGAAGCAAGAAGCCAUUGAAGGGCCAUGGGAAUUAGGGUGGACAUGGUACGAAGACGAAAUUCUAUUGAGCACUCUGAGUGCUAAAGUUUCAAAACAAAGUAAUGUUCUGAAAUUUGGAGAGUGCUGCAAUCAUAGGGUGACCUUUGUGGACUUACCCCAACAAACUGAUGAUGACCAGCGAAUUGUAGCAAAUUGUUGCAAGGGUGGUGUCAUUCCUUCAUGGUUUAGAGAAGCCGACCUUGCUAAAAGCUCUUCUUCAUUCCAAAUUAGUGUUGGCCAAGUUGGGAUAAAAUUUCAUCCCCCGCCAUUAGACGUGAUGUUGACCACACAAGGAUUAGAAUACGUAUGUGAUUCGUUGUCGGAAGUAAUGAAUACUCCGGGUUAUCUAAAUACGUGGCUGACGACGUGCAAUCUCUACGCCCUUCAAAUAUUAGAGAUCCACGAGGUUCAUAUAUAACAAAGAAGAUCUAUGCAGUUUCUGUGUGUUUCAUCGCUUAAUGCUAUUAAAAUUUAUUGUUAUGUACGGAGUCUUAUCCUCCGAGAUUCAUGACAAAAAAAAAGAAGAGACAUGAGUUGUGGUGUUUUUUUUUUUUAAUUUUAG